AUGGGCCCAUAUGUGCCACCAGGCCAGUCGCCGCCCUUCGAGGUCGUCGAUGACUUGCACCAUGGCGCGUGGGUAAUCAUUACUGCUGCGCUGGGGCUGGUUGUGUCCUUGGUGUGUUUCUUGAUUCGCCUGUAUGUGCGGCUCAUGUUGAUCCCGCCGUUUGCGCGCGAUGAUUGGGUUUUGUUGGGUGCUACGGCUACUGCUGUGGUACAAUCCAGUCUCAUCUUUUAUGCAUGCUCGCGCGGAUUCGGGACUUCUAUAUCGUUAUUGAAGGAUGGUCGACUCGAUCAGAUUCAAGCUUUAAUUGCAACAAGCGAUAUCGUCGCGCUGAUAAUCAUCUACCUCUCCAAAUGCUGCGUCGUGGCUAUCUACCUCCGCCUCACGCCUCAGAAACCACAUAACCGCGCAUCGUGGGCGACACUAGCUCUGUGCACUGCCUGGGUCAUCCCAGCUAUAUUCAUUGUCCUAGUCAACUGUGAGCUAAACACACCUUGGCGGAGUGACGGUGGCCAAUGCAGCGACUUGUACAUACGAUGGCAAUUCAUCGCAGCAGUCGACGUUAUAACCGAGCUCCUCCUCUUCCUACUAGCCGUGAUCCUCCUAAAAGGCCUCUUCAUGUCCGUUCGCCGCAAACUAGCCGUCGGCUUCGCAUUUAUAUUCCGCUUUCCUCUCAUAAUCUUCUCCCUAAUCCACAUCGCAACCCUCCGAACAUCUUUAAACAGCAAAGACACAACCCUCGCCGCUGUCAAACCAACAGUCUGGAUGCAAGUCGAGCUCCACUACGCUCUAGUCGCAUGCAGUGUAUUCUGUCUCCGACCAUUCAUGGCAGCCGUCAGCACGAACUACGGUACAGCGGGCGACUCAACGCUGGAAAGUAGUGCGUCGAGAUCAAACGAGGAAAAGAGCAGGUACAGGGUCAAGGCUGCCGGGGGUACUCCGGCCGUUGGUGGUUCUAGUUCUGGUUCUGGCUCUGGCUCUGGUGCUGGUGCUGGUGCUGGGUCGCAACAGUCAGAGAAUCAGGGCCAUCUUUCGUUGUGUCUGGAUAACAGUCCCCGUGCGCACGGAGCGCUUGGAAAUAAUCAAAGGGAUGGGGAUAGUGGUAGAUCGGAUACGGUGCGUGCGCCAGCGAGUCGGUCGAUGUUCCCGCUCCGCGCGCCGCGCAAGAAGCUGAGCUUCCAGAUGCCGGAAAAGGGGAAGAAUGGUGUGAGAGCUGGGUCUGUGGGUUCGUUUACGGUGGAGUCGGAUUUGAUUGAGCUUGUGCCGAGGUCGCAUACUCGGCAUGCGAGUAGUGCGAGUGAGCGAGAGGAUGGGGAAGGGGCGGAUAAGAUGGUUAUUCACAAGGAGAUUCGGUACUCGAUUCAAUAUGAGGAUGAGGCGGAGGUGAGGAGGCGGGAGGAUUUGAAGAUUAAUUCUGUUGAUGUUUCUGCUUAUGUAUAA